AUGAUUGUUCUUUUCACCGGCGCUGAUGAAUUGAAUGAGGGAACAUUGGAUAAAUACUUGUCACUUGGUUGCCCUCAAUAUUUGAAGGCCAUUGUCAGAAUGUGUGAUGGAAGAAAGGUUUUGUUUGAUAACAAGACUAACGAUGAAGCCAAGAAGCUCAAGCAAGUUCAGGAGCUUAUGGCCCAUGUUGCAACGAUUUAUAAGAACAAUGAUGGGAAUCCACUUACGAGAGAGAUGUGA